CUGAGUGUCAUACAAAUGCCACGUUAAAAUUGUCUUGUUUGUUUCAUUUUUACAAUAAGUUUCUAGAUUUUAUAAAAUGAAAAUUUUACUUGUGAUAUUGUUAAUUGCUCAAACGUUCCCUUCAUCAAAAGCUAAAGAUCUAUAUGAGUACACAAAAGAUAAUGUUUUAAGUAAACCUAAAUUUGAAGAACUCAAGCUACUCGCUCAAUUUCUCAUUGAUAAUGCUGCAGAAUCUAUUAAACCUACAUUAGAAGAAAAUUUUAAUCAUGCUUUUACGACGAAAUGGAAGAGUAGUAAUGAAUUCGAUAAAUACGUUACUGAUUUUUUGAGUAAAAUAGAAAAUCAAAUUUUUGAUGCUGAAGAUAAAACGAUCCGGUCAAGAUCAAAGCGUUAAAUAAAAUAUGGUAGUAAAAACUUUUACUAAGCCAUUUAUGCAGUGUAUAAAUUUUUGGAUUAUAGAAAAAUACAGACAAUUAUUAAUAGAGCAACUAAUUAAAACACGAAAAAUGGAUUAGAAUAAUUUAAAAGAGAAAUGAUUGCGAUGAUGUAGAAAAAUAUUUAAAUAAUACAAUAAUAAAUUAAAUUAUUAAAUUAUACAUUAUUUUAUCUAUAAUUGAUUAAAAUUAAUCAUAAUAA